AGUAAGUAGCUGAAAAUGUCAUAUUUUAUGUGUCUAAUGACACACACGCGUCUCUCUCUUUCUUCGUGCAUAGAUUUUCGUUGUUGAACCGGCAACAAUUGUCCGCGAGAAUAGUGAGAGAGCACGAAGAGCGAGAGAGAGUGAGUUCUUCCAGUGUUGAGAAUUCUUCCAUGAGAUUUUCCCCACUUUUCAUUCUUUCUGGCGCGACGAGUGGGCUUAUAAAAGGGAAGUCGCUCGCGGAGGCACAACAGUCCAUCUUCAUAUUUGUUGCAUUGCGGACAAGUUUACGGGCCACUCUCAAACCAUCGCUAAUCUUCUGGCAUCUCCUGAAGUGCUCCAGAAUUAAGUCAUCAGCAGUGAAGAAGUAAUCUGUUAGUGAAAGCGUCAAGGAAUUAUUAGAAUCUCAAGCAAACAUGAGGGAAUGCAUUUCAGUCCACAUUGGCCAGGCCGGCGUGCAGAUUGGCAAUGCCUGCUGGGAGCUGUACUGCCUGGAGCACGGCAUUCAACCCGAUGGCCAGAUGCCGUCGGACAAGACGAUCGGCGGCGGCGAUGACUCCUUCAACACCUUCUUCAGCGAGACGGGCUCCGGCAAGCACGUCCCGCGCGCCGUGUUCGUGGAUCUGGAGCCCACGGUAGUGGAUGAGGUGCGAACCGGCACGUAUCGCCAGCUCUUCCACCCGGAGCAACUGAUCACCGGCAAGGAGGACGCCGCCAACAAUUACGCCCGCGGCCACUACACCAUCGGAAAGGAGAUUGUCGAUCUCGUUCUGGAUCGCAUCCGGAAGUUGGCCGACCAAUGCACCGGCCUGCAGGGUUUCUUGGUUUUCCACUCCUUCGGAGGCGGCACCGGAAGUGGCUUCACGUCGCUGCUCAUGGAGCGCCUGUCCGUGGACUAUGGCAAGAAAUCGAAACUGGAGUUCUCCAUCUAUCCAGCGCCUCAGGUCUCAACGGCGGUCGUCGAACCGUACAACUCAAUCUUGACCACUCACACAACUCUCGAGCACUCUGAUUGCGCCUUCAUGGUGGAUAAUGAGGCUAUCUACGAUAUUUGCCGCCGAAAUCUGGACAUCGAGCGCCCCACGUACACCAACUUGAACCGCUUGAUCGGUCAGAUCGUGUCCUCCAUCACUGCCUCGCUGCGCUUCGAUGGCGCACUCAAUGUGGAUCUCACAGAGUUCCAGACCAACUUGGUGCCUUAUCCGCGUAUUCACUUCCCGCUGGCCACGUACGCGCCAGUGAUCAGCGCCGAGAAGGCGUAUCACGAGCAGCUCACGGUGGCCGAGAUCACCAAUGCGUGCUUCGAGCCGGCCAACCAGAUGGUCAAGUGCGAUCCUCGCCACGGGAAGUACAUGGCCUGCUGCAUGUUGUAUCGCGGAGACGUGGUGCCCAAGGACGUCAACGCCGCGAUCGCCACCAUCAAGACCAAGAGAUCCAUCCAGUUCGUGGACUGGUGUCCUACCGGCUUCAAGGUGGGCAUCAACUACCAGCCACCGACUGUGGUUCCCGGCGGAGAUCUGGCCAAGGUGCAGCGCGCUGUUUGCAUGCUGUCCAACACCACCGCCAUCGCCGAAGCCUGGGCGCGUCUGGAUCACAAGUUCGAUCUUAUGUACGCCAAGCGUGCCUUCGUGCAUUGGUACGUGGGCGAGGGCAUGGAAGAGGGCGAAUUCUCCGAGGCGCGUGAGGAUUUAGCUGCGCUGGAGAAGGAUUAUGAGGAAGUGGGUGUGGACAGCACCGAGGAAGUUGGCGAAGGAGAUGAAUACUAAGCACGAUUCACC